AUGGCAGACACGGACCUGUUUAUGGAAUGCGAAGAGGAGGAGCUGGAGCCGUGGCAGAAGAUCAGUGAUGUGAUUGAGGAUUCUGUGGUUGAAGAUUACAACUCAGUUGACAAAACUGCUACAGUUUCAGUCAGCGUGCAGCCAGUGGCCACCCCAGUGCCGAUCGUUGCCCACGCGUCCAUCGGCAGUGGCCUCCCCACGCCCGUUAGCAGCAGCGGAGCACCCAACAGCGACAGCACAAAGAAGACGCUGGUGACUCUCUUUGCAAACAAUAGCACUGGCACGCCUCUCGUUCAGCAAGGGGGGCAGCCCCUGAUCCUCGCUCAGAAUCCCGCCUCUGGCCUAAGCACGGUGGUGACGCAGCCCGUCCUCCGGCCUGUCCAGGUCAUGCAGAAUGCAAACCACGUGACCAAUUCUCCAGUGACUAGCCAACCCAUCUUCAUCACAACUCAGGGUUUCCCUGUGCGGAACGUCCGCCCUGUGCAAAACACGAUGAAUCAGGUUGGGAUUGUCCUGAAUGUACAGCAAGGCCAGACGGUACGGCCGAUUACCCUUGUCCCAGCCCCGGGCACGCAGUUUGUGAAACCCACCGUCGGUGUCCCUCAGGUUUUCUCCCAAAUGGCCCAGGUGAGACCUGCUCCAACCAUGCCAGUCCGACCAGCCUCCAACACUUUCACUACGGUCAUUCCGGCCACCCUGACCAUCCGGAGCACGGUUCCACAGUCCCAAGCGCAAUCGCAAAUGAGUAUUGCGAGUUUUGUCACAGUGAAAAAGCCCGGGGUGACGGGUGAGAACAGCAACGAGGUGGCAAAGUUGGUGAAUACCCUGAACACAGUUCCUUCGCUUGCUCAGAGCUCGGGCCCCCUUGUGGUGCCAAACAACAGCCAGGCACAUGGUUCACAGAGGACGGGCAUCUCUGAGUCUUCCUCACAGAAAGUCAGUUCCUCGCCUAUCCCCACCUUUGACUUGCAAGACAGUGGACGGAAGGCCUGUCCUCGCUGCAAUGCCCAAUUUAGAGUCACUGAAGCUUUAAGAGGCCAUAUGUGUUACUGCUGCCCUGAAAUGGUGGAAUUCCUGAAGAAAGGGAAGCCCCUGGAGUCAGAACCAAAUAUCCAAGCCCCCAAGCCCCCUUCCCCAGAGAAAACCGCCGCCGUUGCUUCGCCACCCUCCUCCACCCCCAUCCCUGCCCUGUCACCGCCAGCCAAACUCUCCGAGCCAAGUGACGGCACCAGCGAGGGAGUGCAGAGCAAGCUGAUCAUGCUGGUCGAUGACUUCUAUUAUGGCAGGGAUGGGGGCAAAGUGAACCAGCUGCUCAACUUCCCCAAGGUGCCAACGUCCUUCCGCUGCCCUCACUGUACAAAGAGGCUCAAGAAUAACAUACGGUUUAUGAAUCACAUGAAGCACCACGUUGAACUGGAUCAGCAGAACGGAGAGGUUGACGUCCACACCAUCUGUCAGCACUGUUACCGACAGUUCACCACUCCGUUCCAGCUGCAGUGCCACUUGGAAAACGUCCACAGCCCGUAUGAAUCCACCAGUAAGUUGUGCAGGUGGGCCCCCGGUGGGCCUCCCAGGAAAGGCAGUUUCUGACCCACUCUGGAGACUGAACCCUUUUAAUAGUUCUGUGGGGAUGGUUCUCGCCAGGUUUGCCAGUACCGUUCGUCGCUCUACUCCGAAGUAGAUGCCCAUUUCCGGAUGGUGCACGAGGACACCCGUCACCUCCUCUGUCCAUAUUGCCUCAAGGUCUUCAAGAACGGCAAUGCCUUCCAGCAGCAUUUCAUGAGGCACCAGAAAAAGAGCGUGUACCACUGCAACAAAUGUCGCCUGCAGUUCCUCUUUGCCAAGGACAAGAUUGAACACAAGCUGCAGCACCACAAAACCUUCCGCAAACCCAAGCAGCUGGAAGGGCUGAAGCCGGGCACCAAGGUGACCAUCCGGGCCUCCCGAGGACAGCCGCGGACAUUGCCCCUCUGUGCGAAUGACAUGCCUCCGGGCCUUCUACAAGACGCUGCCUUGCUGUCGGCUUCUUCAGAUCCCCAGCCUAACUUCCCGUACCCGCCUUUCCAGAGGAGCAUCCAGAAGAAAGCUGUCAGGAAAAUGAGUGUUCUCGGCAGGCAGACGUGCCUGGAGUGCAGUUUCGAGAUCCCAGACUUUCCUAACCACUUCCCCACCUACGUCCACUGUUCACUAUGCCGUUACAGCACCUGCUGCUCUCGCGCUUACGCCAACCACAUGAUCAACAACCACGUUCCUCGCAAAAGUCCGAAAUACUUGGCCUUGUUCAAAAACUACACUGCUUGCGGAGUCCGGUUGGCCUGCUCCGCUUGUCUCUUUGCAACAUCGGAGGGCGAUGCCAUGGCUAAGCACCUUGUCUUCAACCCAUCUCACGAAUUCAGCAACGUCAUUCUACGAGGUCCUGCCUGGAGUUCGCACUCAAGGCCUGCUCAGCCUUUCGAACGAGGCACGAAAGUGUCAGUCUUCACCUGCUCCCCCAGCGAACCCACCACUGUGAACACGCCGUCUCCUCUGCUUGAGGAGGAGAAGGCCAAGGAGGUGCCAGGGGCAGUGCCUGAGGCGACCCCUGAGGCUAGCGGAAGACCUCCUGCAGCGGUCCAGGAGAACGAGUGCUUGAAUGUCGACAGCCGUGAAGAGGAACCGUUGGCAAAGGAGGUGCCUGAGCCCGCCAGCCGAAAAGAGCAGCUCUCCGUGAAGAAACUCCGGGUGGUUCUCUUUGCUUUGUGCUGUAACACCGAACAGGCGGCAGAGCACUUUAAGAACCCGCCACGGCGGAUCCGCCGCUGGCUGAGGCGCUUCCAGGCCUUCCAGGAGGAAAACGUGGCCUCUCUGUCUGAGGGCAAGUACUUGAGCUUGGAAGCGGAGGAGAAGCUGGCUGAGUGGGUUCUCACGCAGCGUGAGCAGCAGUUGCCGGUCAACGAGGAGACCCUCUUUCAGAAGGCUACCAAGAUUGGGCGGUCUCUGGAGGGGGGCUUCAAGAUCUCCUACGAGUGGGCGGUCCGGUUCAUGCUGCGGCACAACCUCAGCACGCACAACCGCCGGGCGGUGGCUCACCCCCUCCCCAAAGAUGUGGAGGAGAACGCCAGCUGCUUCAUUGAGUUUGUGCAGGGACAGAUCCACACCCAGGACCUGCCCCUCUCCAUGAUUGCUGCCAUCGAUGAGAUCUCCCUCUUCCUGGACACAGAGGUGCUCUGCAGCGAUGACCGGAAAGAGAACGCCUUGCAGACAGUGGGGACCGGGGAGCCCUGGUGCGAUGUCGUCCUGGCCAUUUUGGCCGACGGGAGCGUCCUGCCCACCGUCGUCUUCUACAGAGGCCGUGUGGAGCAGGCCGCCAACGUGCCGGAGACGAUCCUGCUGGAGGUGAAGGAGAGCGGCUACAGCGACGACGAGAUCAUGGAGGUUUGGUCCUCCAAAGUGUGGCACAAGCACAUCGAGAACCAAAACAGCAAAGGGAUGCUGGUUCUGGACUGCCAUCGGACGCACCUUUCUGAAGAAGUCCUGUCUAUGCUGAGCUCCUCCAGCACCUUGCCAGCCGUUGUCCCGGCCGGCUGCAGCGCGAAAAUCCAACCAUUGGACGUUUGUAUCAAAAGAACUGUGAAAAACUUUGUGCGCAAAAAGUGGAAAGAGCAGGCCAAGGAGAUGGCAGACUCGACUUGCGACUCGGACAUUCUCCUGCAGCUCGUCCUGUGUUGGCUGGCCGAGGCCCUUGAGGUCAUUAGCGACUGCCCUGAACUGGUGCAGCAAUCAUUCCUGGUGGCCAGCGUCCUGCCCGGCCCCGACGGCACGGCCAACACGCCCACCCGCAACGCGGACAUGCAGGAGGAGCUCAUUGCUUCGCUGGAGGAGCAGCUGAAACUCAACAACGAACUGCAGGACGAGGAGGCCGACCGUGAGGGAGGGCCUGCGGAGGAGUCUGCCAACCCCGAGAUCCUGCACCAGCUCUUUGAGGGGGAAAGCGAGACAGAGUCCUUCUAUGGCUUUGAGGACGCAGAUCUGGAGCUGAUGGAAGUGUGAGCGCCGAAGGAAAAAAGAGAUGGAUUGCUCUCUUUUUUUAAUUCAUUGUCGGAAGAGACAGUUUUUCUACUUCCCUGUGGAUUUGUGGGUAUAGGAGAGAAGAAGUAGGUGAACACACAGACUAAUGAUAGCCAUGUAUGCUGUUCGGUUUCUAAAUACAAAAAAAAAAAUGUGCUUUUUUUCCUUAAAUCACUGUUGUGGCAUUUCCUGAAGAUAUAUUGUGGGUGGAUUUAUUAUUAUUAUUUGUUUUUGCAUUUCCUUUACCUCACUGUAUUAUAGUUUCUGGGUUUUUAUUUUGUUGGAUUUUUUGUUUUAUACUGUGCAAAAAAGUUUUUAAUUAUACCACAUUAUCAAUGUGACUUUUUUUUUUUGGGAAGACAAGGAAAACUGAUAUGUAGCUGACGGAUGAUUUCUCAAUCUCACUUUUUGUCGUAGCAGAUUAUUUUUCUGUAACAUUCGGACCUGGAAAUGUAGAUUUCUGGGGUAACUUUUUUUUUUUU